AAACCCACAGCGGAACGCAACAAACGAGAGAGAGAGAGAGCGGGGAGAGCCGCCCGCCCCGGACGGAAGUAGAAAAGGGGAUCGGGCCGGCCGCCCCCACCCCCAGAGCAGGCAGGCAGGCAGGCAGGCCACUACGCGCGCGCCCUCCCUCCUCUCCAACCCCUCUCCUCCUCCCGUUGGCUCCCCCUCCCUCGCGCCGCGCGGAAGGCCAAGCGGGAGAAGGAGAAGGAGCCUUGGAGAUUUUCGCGGAACCACCACCACCCCCACCCUCCCAUCAAGGUUUCACCGCCACCACCCGUCCUCCCCCCACCACCCGUCGCCGCUCCAACAAUCCCAGUCGAGUCAUCCACCCCACCCCACCGCCGCCGCAUUCGCAGGUGUCCAACCCCCGCGUCCUCUGCAGAGCCGCCAAUCCCCUCCCGCCCCGUCGGCUCGCGGAUCUCGGCUACCGCCGGCGCCGGUGUGGAUUCCGCUCCCGUGGUCGGUUGUUUAUUGCUCUGAUUUGGGCCCGGAUUCUCCCCGGAUUGCGUUUCCUCUUGAUUGAUGGGGCCGCUGCCGCUGCUCCGGCUCGGGGUCUGAGUCCGAUUCGGGCGGAAGGUAGACAGAUUGUCGUCUUUUUAUUGACCCCCUGCCCCUGCCCCUGGUCUCCCUGCUGCUGUUGUUGUUGGAUUGAUUUGGGAUCCGAGAUUGCUCCGUGAAGUUUUUGGUCCUAGGGAUAUUUUUUGAUUGGCCCGGAUCAGGAAUAGAGGGUUCUCUUGUUGGGGGGAGAGGGGGAUCUAGGGUUGCGUCUUCUCUAGUUCUCCGUGUAUGUGCAUAUUCCAUAGAAAAAACACCAAAAAAAAGAAGAAGAGAGCCAGGAGGUGGUGGAGGAGGAGGAGAGUGCACUGGAAUUUGGAGCUCAUGGCGCUGAAUUAUCCGUCCUGCUCCUUCUUGGUCAGCGACGAGUGCUCUGCCCUGAUGCGAGGGUGUGGAUGCUGGUCGGAGGAGGCAUCGCCCCUCUCGUCCCCAGGGGUCAACUCCAGGCGCCGGGAUGAUUUCGAACGGGACCCUGCAGAUCUAUUGCCCGUGGAUCCCUUCGGGAUGAACUUGGGGCACACGCUCACUGCCGCCCUCGCCAGUUGCCUUGACCGCACGGUCAUGUCUGGUCCAGGGCGUUUUGGAAGCAGUGACGGUGGCAGGUCCGUUCGUCCUGCUGACUUGAGUUUUUACAUGGACCUGGAACACGCUAUGGCGCUCUCCCGGGAGCCAUCUUACCUCCCAGCUGGCUGCAGUCGUGCUUUUGAGGGCCCCUCUGGGUUUGGAGGCCUUUAUGAUGCCCGAGGCGCCAACUGCUCUCAAGGAUUGCCCGCCCUUGCGUCCUGCUCGCGCUCAGUUGUACCCACAGAGGAUCAAUCCACUUCUGGCAAUGCUGCAUUGGGGUGCCCUGAUGAUGGAGAUGAUGUCGUGGGAAGUGUCCCACAUGACGAGAUGAUGUAUGCUCCCUCUGGGUUUGGAGGCCUUUAUGAUGCCGGAGGAGGCGCCAACUGCUCUCAAGGAUUGCCCCCCCUUGCGUCCUGCUCACGCUCAAUUGUACCUGGAGAUGAUCCAUCCACUUCUGGCAAUGCUGCAUUGGGGUGCCCUGAUGAUGGAGAUGAUGACGUGGGAAGUGCCCCACAUGACGAGAUGAAGUAUGCUCCCUCUGGUUUUGGAGGCCUUUGUGAUGCCGGAGGCGCCAACUGCUCUCAAGGAUUGCCUCCCCUUGCGUCCUGCUCAUGCCCAAUUGUACCUGGAGAGGAUCCAUCUACUCCUGGCAAUGCUGCAUUGGUGUGCCGUGAUGGAGAUGAUGCCGUGGGAAGUGCCCCACAUGACGGGAUGACGUAUGCUCUUCGCUAUCUUGGGCUUCGUGAGAUCCUAGCUACAGAGAUGGUGUGCAAGUCUUUGCAUGCGGCUAUCCGCAGUGUCUGCUUCGUGAAUUGUUUGCACAUUGAACCGGUAUUGAGCGGAAAGAUAUCUGAUCCUGAUCUUCUACGCCUGACACAGAAGAUUCCAGAGGGUUUCGAGUGUCUAAAUAUAAAUGACUGCAUAAAUAUCACCGACAAUGGUUUGAAUGUUGUUCUUCAAAGCAAUCUGAAGUUAACAAAGUUGAGUAUUGCGCGCUGCCCGCGAUUAACUUUGGAUGGCCUUAUUGCCAAUCUCAAGUCAUUUAAUAUGAAAGCAGUGUCGGGUAUUAAGAGCCUCAGAAUUGACAAAAACUUCAAUUUGCCAAAAGAGGAUUACGAGGAGUUAUUAUCCUUGUUGCGCAUCGACAAGAGGCAGGAGUUGCACAACCGGGCUCCGCGGUUCCGUCAUUCUAAUCAUCUUUUAUUAGAUUGCAAUGAUGGAUAUGCUCUUGAUAUUGAGAUGUGCCCUAUUUGUCGAAGCUACAAACUUGUUUUCGACUGCCCUGAAGUGGGGUGCAAUGACGAGAGAUCUGGCAAGUGUAGAGCAUGUGAGGUUUGCAUCAAGAGAUGCCGGCAGUGUGGAAGGUGCUUAGAACGCAAUGAGAAGUUUGAAGAGAAAUUUGAUCUGGUAUACCUUUGCUACAAGUGUCGAGGCGAUCCAGCUUCACCAUCUCUUAGUGUGGAAAAGGAUCUGGUCUCCACUUUAUCCAGUGGAAGAAUACCUUCUCCUUGACCACGGAGGAGGAGCAGCAGUCAAUGAUGUCCAACCUUUCAUCCAUCUUAGCACUAUUGAUGAAGGGAAAAAACAAAAAAAAAAGAGAAUAGUUUGCUAUUCAUGAAGGUGUGUGGUCGUUUGACAGACGGUACAUUUGCUUGCAAGAAAAACAAAAAAAGAAGUUACUAAUUCCAGCAGAAAUAAAGGGCUAUUGCAGCCUCACCAGCGGCAAUGAGGUGGGUGGCGCUGUACUUUUGGUAACGUUUAGUUGUUUGGUGAUGAGGAGACACUCAUUUCCUUUCCUAUUAUCUUGUUCCAGGGAUGUUUUCUUCCUGGAAUAUGCAGUUCAAGGGUGUAUAGGUACAGCGUGACAAUGGUGUCGGUGUGUUGCUUGAUGCUGCAUCUUCCUGUGAAGAAGAUUGAAGACGAACUUUUUCCUUUGCCUCGACAUUAUCUAUAUAUAUAUCUGUAUAUGCGUGACAUUGUAAUAGUUUGUACCGGAGAUGUCGCGUCGUUCGACUUGGUAACUCUUUUCAUCAUAGAAAUAAAUCAAUGACUUCUAACUAAA